CGCGCAACUGCUGUAAGCGGAAGUAUUCGAAAAUAGAAGCGGGAAAGACGGUAGAGUUUUGUUUUGGUCCAGAACAGCCACGUUGUUGACAACGUUGUGCAACAGUUGACAGUUUUAAGACUCGUUUUUAAACACAGAAAAAACACGUUUGUGUUGUGUUUCUUCACCGGGGUUAGCAACUGUAACGCUAGCUUAGCCUGCUCGUUGCUCUGCGUUGACGUUGUUGCUGAAACUAGUUUAGCAGAUAUGAAACCUGUGCGAGGGUCAAAGCGGACGCCUUCAAAAGCUCCAAAUCUGAAGAAAAAGAGAAAAAUAGAUGAGACGGUGAGACACAAACAAACGGGACAACAGGAGAAGAAGCUCAGUGAAAACAACGGUACCAAACCGGGACAGAAGAGAAAAGCUGUCGAUCGAUCGUCACCCCUACCUAAGAAAGUCAAAGGACAGGAAAACUGGAAGCUGAUGCCACUGUCUACCGUCACUGCUCUGGAGAAUAUAAUGGACCUGUCAAUUCUGGCUACUCUUGCUUUGAGGAAGACACAGAUGAAGGAGAGUCAGGAACACCUGAACAUGAUGAAAAGCAGGUUCCUGGCUCAGUGUGUGCAGCUCAAAGUUCCAGCACAGAAACAGAAACAUAUGGAGUGUUCAUCUUACCACCAGCAGAGGGCGACCGAGAGCUCAGAGGCUGGAAAGAAGACUCUGAAAAAACUGGAGAGCGACUUGAAGUCUGUGGUCGUUGCUCUGGAGGAGGCAGAGGAGGAGACAGAGUCUUUAAAGCAAACAUGCUUAGCACUGAGAGACCAGCUGGAGGAUGAGGAGGAGAAAGCCAAAGAGAGCUUACAGCUACGUGAACAAACAGUCCUCAACCUUCCCCCUCAUCGCCCACCAGCAGAUGAACCAACAUUAGAGGCUUUAAUGAGAAAAACAAUACCAGACAAUGAGUGCGAGGCCACUUCACAAAGACUGGGAGAAAUCCUGCAGAACUCAGAGGCCAUACAGAAUGCACAGGUGCUGCUUCUACAUGCACACAAACACGCUGAUGAACUCUAACGCUGGCUUUACUCCGAUCAGUGGUGAACCUCAGUUUGAGGGAAGCUCGCCCAAUCUCUGUUUACACAGUUCUGAACACUGAAAUCUUGGAACCAAGCAAAGUGAACAGGUGUAAGCAGUGUGCAUUGCACACAAUGUUUGCCAUGUUAGUGUUUUGGGGGACACAUUACUAGGGGUCAAAUAGCUGUACUUUUUGUGGGUGAGCAUGAAUGUGCACUAAGCAAAUGCAACAUAAGUAAUUGUAUAUAAUCCAUAUGGGUUUGUGUAAAGUGAUAUUUGAGGUCGUAUAUGUGAACCAGUCCAGCCUGGGUCCGUGGUAACUUGGCUGCCUGCAGGCACGGAGGGGAAAACUGAUUUUAGCCACUUAACAUAAGAUUCACUUAAUAAAAUCUACAUCAGCUUUAGUCUAUGAUAUCUUAAAAGCAUGUUCCCUGUCUUUUUACUUGCCGUUAGAUGGACUUUUCCCGAAAAGAAACUGAAGAUUGUAAACAGCUCACUCUCCACACCAGAGUCCAUAGAGAAAAUUAGUGACUUUACAUCAUAACACAUUAAUGCACUGCUGCCUCCAUCAGUAAAUAUGAAGAUGAUAUAUUGUGACAUUGCAGAUUUAAGUGACAUAAAUGUUCUAAAUGAGGCAGCAGUAGACCAGAAGCUCCUGUCUUACCAUAAAAAUUAUGAUUUUCUCUCUGGGCUCUGGUGUAGGAAAAUGACCUUAUUGCAAGCUUCAUUUUCCAGCCAGAAAAGGUUGUCUAGUGAUUAGAACAAGUAGCAACACAUUCUUAAGAUAUUGUAGGUAUAAGGAGGUGUAGAUUUUAUAACAUGAGCCUUUUGAUAAAAGCCUAAAACCUGUGUCUCAUGUAAGUCCACGGAAAUGGAGGUGCGGCAGCACUAUCGGCAAAUUAAGUGUUGAUAACUUGUCAAUAACACAAUCAUACAGCAACACUUUGAAAAACCUUAACUAUCCCUAAAACAAGGAAAGAAAUGCCUGCCUUUACUUCAGCAUUUUAUUAAAUAUGAGUAUUUUAAUUGAAAGGUUAUACUUUGAAAACAAAGUUCACAUAUCUAAACUUCAUUAAAACUGAUGAUGUACUCACCAAUAAAGACUAAUUGCUCA